GCUCGACUGUCUGCUGUGCGGAGAAUCAUAGGGUUUUCUCACUAGAAGGAAGUGCAUCUGAAGUGAACCAGGGUUUUAUUUUGAUGCACAUGAGCUUUCGUCCGGUUCGGCUAUUAAAAAAUAUUACGUAAUCCCCGCCAUCACACAGAGGGGUUUGUCCCGGGUGUAUGCGUCUCCCCGGUACACCAGGAGCUCCAGAGGCUGUUUUCACCGGAGCAGCGUGGGUUAAGGUGGGCCUUGCCCGGAUAUCUGUCUGACAAGCGAACCAAAACCGAUCCGGUACCCGCCUCGAGACACAACCAGCACAGCCAAUCCUCCAGAGACUACACUCGGAGACCGUGUGGACUAUAACAAACACUAGCCAGAUGGCAGAUAACCUGAGCGAAGCCCUGAAGACGCUGAAGCUGUCAUCGGCAGGCGCUUCAGACAGUGUCGAGGGCUGCUUGGAUUGCCUACUCAAAGCUUUGGCCCACAACAAUGUAGAGACUAGUGAAAAGAUCCAGCAGAUGGGUGUUCUUGCCACGAUGUCCGCUCUUUUGUCUGUGCAGAACUCAUGCACUCCUAAAGUAGCCAACAUCAUCGCAGAGGUGGCCAAAAAUGAAUUCAUGAGGAGCCCGUGUGUGGAAGCAGGACUCAUUCCUCCGCUGGUUCAGCUGCUAAACUGUAAGGACCAGGAAAUACUGCUCCAGACGGGACGAGCCCUCGGCAACAUCUGCUACGACAGCCAUGAGGGCAGAAGUGCGGUUGACGCAGCGGGCGGUGCUCAGAUAGUUGCCGAGCACAUUAAGUCUCUGGCCGAAAGCACUGACCCGGCCACCGGGAAGCUCUUGACUGUCUUUUGUGGCAUGCUGAUGAACUAUAGCAAUGAUAAUGACUCGUUGCAGGCUCAGCUGAUCAGCAUGGGUGUGAUACCAACACUGGUGCGACUGCUGGGGGUUCAUUCCCAAAACACGCCGCUCACAGAAAUGUGUCUCAUCGCAUUCGGCAACCUGGCAGAGCUCGAGUCCAGUAAGGAACAGUUCGCCUCCACGAAUAUUGCAGAGGAACUGGUGCGGCUCUUCCGAAAGCAGGCGGAGCACGAGAAGAAGGAGAUGAUCUUUGAGGUUUUGGCGCCUCUCGCUGAGAAUGAUGUGAUCAAGCUCCAGCUGGUGGAUGCUGGCCUGGUGGAGUGUCUGCUGGAGGUGGUGGCGCAGACGGUGAACAGCGAGCGUGAGGAGGACGCAGCUCAGCUCAAGACCGCCUCAGACCUCAUGGUGCUGCUGCUGCUCGGAGAUGAGUCCAUGCAGAAGCUGUUUGAGGGCGGUAAAGGCAGUGUUUUUCAGAGGGUGCUCUCAUGGGUGCCAUCCAACAACCACCAGCUCCAGUUAGCCGGAGCGCUCGCCAUCGCUAACUUCGCCCGCAACGAUGGGAACUGCAUCCACAUGGUAGACACCGGUAUCGUACAGAAGCUUCUGGAGCUGUUAGACAGACACGUUGAAGAGGGAAACGUCACGGUUCAACACGCCGCUCUGAGCGCCUUGAGGAACCUCGCCAUCCCAGUGGUGAACAAAUCUAAGAUGCUCCUGGCCGGUGUGUCGGAUGUAGUGCUGAAGUUCCUCAAAUCUGAGAUGCCGCCGGUGCAGUUUAAGCUCUUGGGAACGUUACGGAUGCUCAUCGACACUCAAGCUGAUGCGGCGGAGCAGCUUGGCACAAACGUGAAGCUGGUAGAGCGUUUGGCGGAGUGGUGUGAAGCCAAAGACCACGCAGGCGUGAUGGGAGAGUCAAACCGACUGCUUUCUGCUCUCAUCCGACACAGCAAAUCCAAGGAAGUGGUUCGCACAGUCAUCCAGGCUGGAGGCGUGAAGCAUCUGGUUCUGAUGGCGACCAGUGAACACAUGAUCAUGCAGAACGAGGCUCUGGUGGCUCUGGGGCUCAUUGCUGCUCUCCAUUUGGACUGCGCAGAGAAGGACUUUGUGAGCUUCAGUCUGGUGAAGGUUCUCCACAAGCUGCUGACAGAAGAGCACAGUGCUCCCGAAAUCAAGUACAACUCCAUGAUCCUCAUCUGCUCCAUCAUGGGCUCAGAGCCGCUUCAUAAAGAAGUGCAGAGUCUGGCCUUCAUCGACGUGGUUUCCAGCCUCCGCUCACACGAGAACAAGACGGUUUCCCAUCAGGCCUCUCUCACAGAGCAAAGGCUAACGGCGCAGAGCUAAAGACUCUUACAGCUGCUCAUGUCCUGCUGCCUGCUUCCCUCAUACACACACACACACACGCACACACACACACACAAUGAUAUGUACACAGACAGACACUCACACUUAUGCACACAAGCACUUAUAUAAACACACACACAAACUCACACUCACAUAAACACACAUACAUACACACAAAUACAAACAUACACUUAAACACACUCAUAAACACACACAAUCACACACAGAAACUCAUAUAAACGCACAAAUACACACACACACACACACAUUCAUAAACACACAUGGAAACACAAACAUACACUCAUGCACACAAACACAUUCAUAUAAACACACUUCCAUAAACACACACAUAUUUACACUCUUACAAACACACACACCCACACACACACUCCCAUAAACACACAUAUAUACACACUCACGCUUGUACACAAACACACAAAGGCAGACAUCACACAAAUACACGUACACCUAAACAUACGCACACACUCAUAUACACUCAAAAUACACACACACACAAACACAGGCACACAAAUGCACACUCAUAUAAACACACACAAACACACUUAGACAUGCGUACUCAUAAAAACACACACAUAUACACACAAGCACAGACUCAAACACAUAUACAUACAUACAAACACUCACAUAAACACAUACACACUCAAACAUGCACACUUAAUCACACACAUAAGCACAAACAGACUCAACCACACACAAACAUGCAUGCGAACAAACACACUGACACACACAAAUGGAACGUAAACACACACACACACACACACACAUGUACACUCACUCACACAUGCACACACACAAGCACAAACUGACUCAAACACAUAUACACACACACAUGUAGUCAAACAUGCACACAAACACACUCACACACACACAAAUGGAACGUAAACACACACACACACACACACACACACGCACACAAAUGCACACUCAUAUAAACACACACACACACAUGUACACUCACUCACACAUGCACACACACAAGCACAAACUGACUCAAACACAUAUACGCACACACAUGUAGUCAAACAUGCACACAAACACUCACGCACCCAAAUGGAACGUAAACACACACACUCACACAUGCACACAAAUGCACUCUCAUAUAAACACACACACACACAUGUACACUCACUCACACAUGCACACACGCAAGCAUAAACUGACUCAAACACAUAUACACACACACACAUGUAGUCAAACAUACACACAAACACACUCACACACACACAAAUGGAACGUAAACACACACACACAUGCACACACAUGCACACAAAUGCACUCUCAUAUAAACACACACACACAUGUACACUCACUCACACAUGCACACACACAAGCACAAACUGACUCAAACACAUAUACACACACACACACACACACAUGUAGUCAAACAUGCACACAAACACACACUAACAUGGACACUCACAUAAACGCACACACAUGUACAAUCACACUUGCACACAAACACACUCACGCACACAAAUGGAAACUCGCAAAAACACACAUUCUCUCACGCAUACACACAAACGGACACUCACAUAAACACACACACACUCACACAAAUACACAAACACACACACAUCUACACUCACAUAAACACACACUCACACAAAUACACAAACACAUACACAAAAACACACACACAUCUACACUCAGAUAAAUACACACACACAUACCAUCACAUCUUGAUUAACAACACACACACAUAAACACACACGCACCUCUAUCUCUGUCGUCGUCAUGUGCCAAGCUGUUGUUCCCUCCGCUCAACCAGAGAGAGAGAGAGACGCGUCCCUCAAAGGCGGCCAUCUUUUCUAGGCAAUAGAUUCAUACCCGAACAGCAGCAUAUUUUUAAAAGACCACAGCUGUGAUGUAAACAUGGAGAUCCACCUGUAAAUGAAUGUCGGCAGCGGAAACGGCGCAAUCAUGACACCCCCAAACUGCAAACCAACUCCUGCAUGUUUCCUUUUGAUUUCAAAGCGUCCCGUUCGUCGAUGUAAACGUGUUCUGCUGUUCAAGCCACGCCCCCACACACAAGCCCCGCCCCCUCCUCGUCUCUUCCCGCUUACUAAUUUACAUAGAAAGAGUAGAGAUCGAGUGUGUUUGUACUGUAUAGGGCACUCACGGACCUGUUCAUAUUAUUUUUCUUCCUGGUCCCAGUGCCGCCUAUGUUUCAGAUCUACUGGAAAGAGCUAAUCCCAUAUCAUCAAGUCUGCUGUGUUUAUAGAAAUCCACGAUUAUCGUCUUAUGGAUGCGUGGAGAAGUAAUAUAUCUGAGGUACCGAGGACGCCGUCGAGAAAUGUGACUUAUUAUUAUUUCAGGUCAGUGUAAAACUCAACAGAAGAGAAGUGAUGUUGUUGUAAUAAUAGAGAUUCAGCCAUGUGGGACAGUCCAACCAUAAUGAAUGUAGUCCAGGGCAGUGUUUCUCAACCACGUUCCUGGACGACCACCAGCACUUUCGGUCUCUGCUAAUGAGCUGAUGAUCUGAAUCAGGAGUGUUUGGUUGAGGAGACCUGGAAAAUGUGCAGAACUGGUGGUCCUACAGGAAUGUGGUUGAGAAGCAUUGGUUUGGAGCAGUGUUUGUCAACCAUGUUCCUGGAGAACCACCAGAAAUGCAUGUUUUGGAGGUUUCCUUUGUCUGUCAUACUCAUUACAGGUCUUUCAGUCUCUGCAAAUGAGCUGAUGAUCUGAAUCAGGUGUGUUUGGUUGAGGAGACAUGGAAAAUGUGCAGAACUGGUGGUCCUACAGGAAUGUGGUUGAGAAACACUGGUCUAGAGCAGUGUUUCUCAACCACGUUCCUGGAGGACCACCAGCACUACGUGUUUUGGAUGUCUCCUCUGUCUUUCACUCUUAUUACAGCUCUUUCAGUCUCUGCCAAUGAGCUGAUGAUCUGAAUCAGGUGUGUUUGGCUAAGGAGACACUGAAAAUGUGCAGAGCUGGUGGUCAUACAGGAAUGUGGUUGAGAAGCAUUGGUCUAGAGCUGUGUUUCUCAACCACGUUCCUGGAGGACCACGUGCACUGCAUGUUUUGGAGGUUCCUGUUGUCUGUCACACUCAUUACAGGUCUUUCAGUCUCUGCCAAUGAGCCGAUGAUCUGAAUCAGGUGUGUUUGAUUAAGGAGACAUGGAAAAUGUGCAGAGCUGGUGGUCCUACAGGAAUGCGGUUGAGAAGCAUUGGUCUAGAGCAGUGUUUCUCAACCAUGUUUCUGAAGGACCACCAGCACUGCGUGUUUUGGAUGUCUCCUCUGUCUUUCAGUUUCUGCUAAUGAGCUAAUGAUCGGAAUCAGGUGUGUUUGGUUAAGGAGAAUUGAAAUAGUGCUGGUGGUCCUCCAGGAACGUGGUUGAGAAACCAGAGGUGUCUUGCAGAGUUUAGCUCCGGCUUGCCUCAACACACCUGCCAGGACAUUUCAAGCCUACUAAGAGCUUGAUUAGCUAACCCAGGUGUGUCAGCUUGGGGUUGGAUCUAAACUGUGCAGGACAUCGGCCCUCCAGGACAGAGUACAUAUAGUACAUAGGUCUCAAACUCGAUUCUUGUAGGGCCGCAGCUCUGUUUUGGUCCAGCCUUAAUCAAACACAGCUGAUCCAUCUAAUCAAGUCUACUAGAGACUAUUAAGCUGGUGUGAGUUGGAGGUGGUUGAAGCUAAACUGAGCAGAGCUGCGGCCCUCCAGGAAUUGAGCUUGAGACCAUUGAUGUGGUAUAUUAUUUCUCAAUUCUUAGGGGUUUUGUUUAUUUGAGAAACACAAAUGAAGAUAUUUUGGUCACACUUUACGAUUAAGUUGUAUUAGUUAAUGAUAAUGUGUUUAUUAACAUGAACAAACAAUGAACUAUACAUUUAUUAGUGUAUUUAUUCAUCUUUAUAAACAUUAGUUAAUUGAAAUAAAGUCAUUUAUUGUAAAGUGCGACUGAUAUUUUUGGAGAUCUCUUCACCUAAAACUCUGAUGCUUCAUAAUGGACAUUUAGAUUAGCUUGUGAUGUAUUAUAUAAAGGUUUAUAUGUUUUAUAAAGCGAUCACGUCUCUUCAGAAGAGUUGGAUUUAACCCAAUAAUUCAUAUGUAUUUAUUUCUUUUUGAGGCGUAAGAGUUUUGGGUGGCUGAAGAGUGUCGUCAAAAUGAAAAUAUAUACUGUUUUCUCUUCACAACAGAAAUGAAGAUAUUUUAAAGAAUGUUGGAAAGUUUCUAAUUGAUUUACAUAGAUUCUGUAGUAUUUUUUAGAUGCCAACAUUCUUCAAAAUACCUUCUUUACACUGUCAAAAAUACGCGUUUUCUGUUUUUUGUGAUUUAUUGUUUUUUUCCCUCAUUUAUUUAUGCUUUUGACUUGCAUUAUGGGACAUUGAUCUGUCCUCCAACAACUUUUGAUGUUGAAAAAAUUGAAAAAAAGUGACUUUAAUUAACAUUUUUAAUAGUUUGAAGUGAUUUAUAGUAUCUGGUGCAGUAAAUUACAGUAUAAAAAAUAGAAAUAUCAUACUAUCAGUACAUUUUCUGUUAUUUUAGACUUGAUUAUGUCUAUAUAUUAUUUAUUGUACAACAUAUUGUUUUUAAACGACUAAAAUGUCAAUUAAAGUCACUGUUAAAACAGAAAUAAAGCUCCCAUAAUGCAAUUCAUAACCUUAAUUAAACAGAAAACUCCAGUGAAUCAGAAAAUACAGAUAUUUUUUACAAUGUACAUUGAUAUUAGCAAAUAAUGAACUAUAUGCAGUAGUAAAUAAUGAACUAUGAUUAAUAAAUGAUAUACAAGUACUGUUCAUUAUUAGUUCAUAGUAGUAAAUAUAGUAGCUAAUGAAGCUUUAUUAUAAACUGUGACCGAUAUUUUUGGAUAUCUCUUCACCUAAAACUCUGAUGCUUCAUAAUGGACAUUUAGAUUUGCUUGUGAUGUAUUAUAUAAAGGUUACAAAUGUUAAUGUUUUAUAAAGCGAUCACGUCUCUUCAUUAGACUUGAAUUAAACCUGAUAAUUCAUAAUGUGUUUAUUAACAUGAACAAACAAUGAACUAUACAUUUAUUAGUGUAUUUAUUCACCUUUAUAAGUGUUAGUUAAUGGAAAUAAAGUCAUUCAUUGUUAGUUCACAGUUCAUUAAUUACUGUUAACAAGCAUGAGUUUGGAUUUUUAAUAAUGCAGUUGUAAAUAAUUAACUACGAUUAAUAAAUAAUAUGCAUGUAUUGUUCAUUAUUAGUUCAUAGUAGUCAAUAUAGUAACUAAUGA